AUUGGAUGCCACCUAUUGUCCGGCUGAAAUUUAAGUUCAAAGACACUCUCAGUACAAAAUUAAUGUUGGGAAACCUUUGAAAAUCUCCUGUCCAGUUCGUUACUGCAAGCAAAGGCCAGUCAUGCAGUGGUGCAAGACAGGUGUGGCUACAUGUGUGCUACAUGGGGGAAAGGCAAAAUGGAGGUCCAAUGUGUAUCUAGAGUUUCUAUCAGUUCAUCAGAAUGAUAGCGGACUUUGUUGUUGUCAAGCAAUAGUCGACAAGUUUUCCAGUGAGAGCCAUGGAAUAAAUGUUACUGUUGAAGAAAAGUCUGCAAACAUUAUCACAGUUUCACCAGAAAAUACCACUGUCGUCUCAGAUGAGUCCCAAGAAUCAGGAAAAUACAAGAUACUGCACAUUAUUUAUGCUUCAGCAUCCAUGGGUCUAUGUUGUCCAUUCAUUGUCGUGUGCAUGUUUUGGUGUCUAAGGAGGUACCGUGUGAAGCAAAAGAGAACUCCAUUAACCCAACAGAGACAAAAAAGCCUGGUCAGAAGUCCAGCAGUUGCCCCAUCCCACACUGUCGGGACGGCUCAAGCUUCAGAAGAAAGCUCCUCACUUUACUAUUGCUCCAUGGCCAGCCCACUGCAGGCCUUGCACGGUAACACAAUUUAUGACAACGAUGUUCUGAGGACAGCACCUAAUGCACCUUGCAAUGAUCCUGUUAAUCCUUCCAUCCCAGUUUUACUUGAAAGCCCAGAUGUCCUCACAUAUGCUACACUAAAUCAUUCUGCAUCUGCAGACAGAUGCGAGAGAAGGGAACUAACUGUAGAAAAUGAAUUCACAGAAUAUGCCUCCAUUAAUGUAAAUAAAUAA